CCGCCCCUCUGACGUCACCCCGGGGCGCCGUCGGCGCCGAGCACAGUUCCCGCUGGACCCGCCCGGGCGCUGCGGCCGCGGCCCUUCCCGCCGGCAGGAUGUCAGCCAGUAUCCCUGGAAGCUCAAAUGUGGCUGCUGGCAGUAAUCGUCGACUUCAGCAGACUCAACACCAAGUAGAUGAGGUUGUUGACAUCAUGAGAGUGAAUGUGGACAAGGUAUUGGAGCGAGAUCAGAAGCUAUCAGAGCUGGACGACCGUGCUGAUGCACUGCAAGCAGGAGCUUCCCAAUUCGAGACCAGUGCAGCCAAGCUGAAAAGGAAGUAUUGGUGGAAGAACUGUAAGAUGUGGGCAAUAUUGAUAGCUGUUGUUGUCAUUAUCAUCAUCAUCAUCAUCGUCUCGGCUACUUCAUGAGUUACAGGAAGAAACUCAGAUCAACUGAAGGUGCCUCUGAAUCUUCAACCUCUCCACUUCAAACCUGCUGCAUUUUCAGUCCAUUUACUGCUGUUUAAAGCAAAACUAUUUUCAUUACUGAAAUGUUAACUAACUUUACUGGUUGCCUUAAGACACUCCUGCCAUUAAUUACUAACAAGCACAGCUCACCACUUGCACAGUGCCUUAAUAAAGCGGGGUGCAGAGCUCGUGAGGCGGACCCGGCUCUGGAGCUGCGCGACCGCCGCUGUCCUCGCCCCGCGC